GACCUGGAGCAGUAUGCGUCCAGCUACAGUGGUCUGAUGCGUAUUGAGAGGCUGCAGUUCAUAGCAGAGCACUGUCCCCAGCUCCGCGCAGAGGCCCUGAAAAUGGCCCUGUCUUUCGUCCACAGGACCUUCAACGUAGACGUGUAUGAGGAAAUCCACCGCAAACUCACAGAGGCCACCAGGUAGGUGUAGCACAGCCCUAGCUUAGCCUAGUACAUACCAGCAUAGCACAGAGAAGGUACAGCAAAGUGGAGUGGUUACUACUAGAACGUAGUAUGUAAUUUUUAAUUGUUUUGGAAAGUGCUUUUUGUCAUUUUCGUUGAGUGUUUGAUUGAUUUGAGUUCUGUGUUUGUGUUCAGAGAGGUCCAGGGGGCUCCAGAUGCUGUGGUGGAGGGCGGGGCAGUGGACCCCCCUCCUCUGGACACAGCAUGGGCCGAGUCGACCAGGAAAAAGGCCCUGCUCAAACUGGAGAAAUUGGACACUGACCUGAAGAACUACAAAGGCAACUCCAUCAAAGAGAGCAUCAGGUGGGUGGGAGAAACUACAGUUGUUAGCAUCAAGUAGAUAAUAAACCGAUUGGGUAAACCUCACCUCUGAGAGUGCUGCAUCUAUUUGCAAAUCUUGAUCACUUAGAAGUAAUCACUGAGUAGUUGACUAGUAGUAGUAGUUUUUAAUGUAAGGUCAUUUGGAAUGGAACAUUCAUUUGUAGAUCAGUGAUUCUGCGUAGUGCUUUGUUCAGGCCAAAGGGGGGGAUCUGAAUUUUCCUUUCUCGACCUCUGUGGUACUGGGCCGAACCCUCUCACUAAUGUUUAUUUCACCUCAGGAGGGGUCAUGAUGACCUUGGGGACCACUACUUGGACUGCGGUGACCUCAGCAACGCCCUUAAGUGCUACUCCCGAGCCCGAGACUACUGCACUAGCGCCAAGCAUGUCAUAAACAUGUGUCUUAAUGUCAUCAAGGUAUGUCAUCAUUAAUCAUAAUGAUAGUUAGUGGUCCUAGCUUUUUGGUCAAUGCACUUAAUCCUGAUGUAAAGUCUGGAGGGCAGAAGGGUUAUAUUCCUCUCUCGUUCUCUCUCUCUGCCUCACUCGCUCUCAGCCUCUUGCUUUCUCUGUGAUCUGAUUAACUCCAGUGACUAGCACUAGAGGGCAGUCUUGACAUUUGUGUCCUAUAGAGUUUCUUAAGGAAUUUAGUGUGUUUUCAUCUAUUAGGUUAGCGUCUACCUCCAGAACUGGUCCCACGUCCUUAGUUAUGUGAGCAAAGCUGAAUCCACUCCAGAGAUAGCAGAGGUAAGUCAUGGGUUCCUCUGAGAGCGAGAACAUAAGUGCUCUACUGUCUUCUAAAAAAAACACAGACGGGUUCUUCAUUACUGAGGGAAUAUCUUUAUUUUUGUUUCAGCAAAGAGGGGAGAGAGAUUGCCAGAGUCAGUCAGUCCUCACCAAAUUAAAAUGUGCUGCAGGUAAUUCACUCACUAUCUUUGUUGUUCUACAAAGAGAUGUACAUACUGUAAGUGUUUUCACCUGUUGCUAUCUAGAGGGUAUAAAACUCACUAACAACAGAUGCAGACACUCAUGCUAAUGUUUUGUUUCAAUUAAAAUUGAUUCGUUUUAAACCCCCCUCUGCUUUGACUAGAUUACAAAGUUAUCUUCCCACACUCAGGUUCAUUUGACCUCUCGUUCUUUCUCCUUGUUUCUCCUCCACAUCUGUAUAUCUGUCUCUGUCACCCAGGGCUAGCUGAGCUGGCCUCCAGAAAGUACAAACAAGCAGCCAAGUGCUUCCUGCUGGCCUCCUUCGACCACUGUGACUUCGCUGAGGUUAGUGUGUCUGCCUGCCUGUCUGUGUAGUACUUUAAAGGUGAAGUCUGUGACUUCCCUGUGUUGUUCUGUGAUAAUUUGUUAUUGUUUAUCAACAAUGGGGAAGGCAACAACAACUAGGACAAGGGUAAUUGGACAAUUGUAAAGACAAUUGCUACUUGAUAAAUGCUCAUAAUUUGUUUUUCUGUUGGAUGUACAAACCUCUAUUGUGUGUAUGUGUCCAGCUCCUGUCCCCCAGUAAUGUAGCUGUGUACGGAGGGAUGUGUGCCCUCGCCACCUUCGACAGACAGGAGCUACAGAAGAAUAUAAUCUCAAGCAGGUGUGUGUGUGUGUGUGCAAAUGCCUGUGUAUCUGCUGUAUAAAUGGUGUGUGUGUUCAUGUAACUAACGAGCUGUGUUACCAUCCACCAUCUUUGAAUCAUGUAUUUUAUGUCCUCCCAGCUCGUUUAAGUUAUUCUUAGAGUUGGAACCUCAGGUCCGUGACAUCAUCUUUAAGUUCUAUGAGUCAAAGUACGCUUCCUGUCUCAAAAUGCUGGACGAGAUCAAGGUGAGAUUGAUCUAAUUAAUUAAUUAUCUAUGAUUAUCAAUCGAUACUAAUGAUUGCAUUGAUGUGAAAAACACAAAAUGGGUAGCAAAAAAACUUGAAAACGGGAAUUAAACAAAGUAAGAACCAAGUAACAUGACUUCCUACGUUGAAAGCUAUGAUGUAUUUUCAUUAUGUUGAUAAAAUAUAUUUGAAACCUGUCCUAAAUGCAGACUGCUUCUCUUAUUUCUCAGGAUAACCUGCUGUUAGACAUGUACCUGGCCCCCCACGUACGGACCCUCUACACACUGAUCAGGAACAGAGCCCUUAUACAGGUGAGACGGACAGGAAAGGACCGGUGGGACUGACAGGACAGGUGGGACUGGGGGACAGGAACACUUUUCCUCCAGUACUCCCAUAUAAUACUGAACAUCACCCUGGACAUCCAAAGUAUUCUGUUGUUUUCCUUAUACACUCACAACUACGGAUGGGUUUGAUUAGUCAAUUAAGGGCUCCCCCAUUGACGUAAAAAAAUAAAUAGGCUAUCGAUGCGUCUGGGGGAAAGAAUCGGAUACAAAACUUUUCUCUCACUAACCAUGUUACCAUCCACAGUUUUUAUGCGAGUAAAGUCAUCAUACCGUUCCAAAAAAAAUUGCGACAGUUUCGGUACAAUUUGUUCGUUCGACAUGGUGGGAUCUUUUUGUGUCGGUAAAAUUAAUUAUGCGAGAAAUGGGGGUGGAAACGCCUCUGCACAAAUAUUGAUAUAAUAACCACCAUAUCAAAGUAUGCGUAUUCUAGAAUAUUCACAUUAAAAUCUGUCGCUAAUUGGAUGGAAAUCUACUGUCGCUCUUCUAGCUCAGGCAGCAAUCAAUACUACAUUUAGCUGAGGAAUCUGAGGAAAUGUGUCUGAAUGACCCUGGGUCAAACCUCUACAGGGGAUGGAACCCUAUUCCCUCUAUAGUGCACUACUUCUGACCGUAGCCCUGUUUGGGACGCAACCAGGGUUAACUGGACUAGCAGGUGAAGUAUGGCACCUAAAAUGGUUGUUCUGCUAAUGUUAUUUAAUCUUAUGCCCUAAUAUUAGACAUUGUUCUUCUGCUUGACCUCUUGGUGUCCUUUUUCUCUUUUAGUGCAGUGGGAUGCUUGUUGGAGGGUGUGAGUUACGCUGGUGUAAUGUUAUUUAGGUUGUAAAUUAAUAAAUAUAUAAUUAAAAUAGUUUGGUUUGGGGAUCAUGAACAUUCAGUCCCGUGUAGCUCAGUUGGUAGAGCAUGGCGUUUGCAACGCCAGGGUUGUGGGUUCGAUUCCCACGGGGGACCAGUAUGAAAAUGUAUGCACUCACUAACUGUAAGUCGCUCUGGAUAAGAGCGUCUGCUAAAUGACUAAAAUGUAAUUCAGAGCAGGUUUUCUCUCCCCGGCUCCCAAGGCCAGUAUUAGUGUGUGUGUUUUGCAGCAAGGUCUGCUGUAAUGUACACUGUUGUGUUUUUCUUUUGUGUGGUGUGGGCUAAGGGCAUGCAUGUGUGUGCACUACCUCAAUCUCUACUUUUCAUUCAGAUGUAUGACUAAGAUGUUAACGUGUAUAUGUGUUGCAGUACUUCAGCCCGUACGUGUCUGCAGACAUGACUAAGAUGGCCCAGGCCUUCAACACCACAGUGUUAGCUCUGGAGGACGAACUCACCCAGCUCAUACUGGAGGGACUUAUCAACGCACGCAUAGACUCCCACAGCAAGGUAACACACCCACACUCAAGAGUCAAGUCACAUAUAAACCCCACCCCAUCUCUCUCACUCGCUCGCGCACACACACACACACUAGAUGAGCUCAGAUCACUCGUUAUAAUCUUAUAAUGCAGCACGGAAUGUUGAUUUGACAGUGACCCAAAUGGUUUGCCACAGCGCUCUUAUCCUCAGCCUGUCUCUCUCCUCCCUUCUCUCGUUGAGAUGCCAAGCACAUUUAUGUACAAACAGACUAUGAAAUACUAUCUCUCAUCUCAGAUCCUGUAUGCGCGGGACGUGGACCAGCGGAGCCACACGUUUGAGAAGUCUAUCCACAUGGGCAAGGAGUUCCAGAGGCGAGCCAAAGCCAUGAUCCUACGAGCUGCCGUGCUGCGCAACCAGAUACAUGUCAAGGUACCACUGCGCACGGGGUCUCCCAGGGGUUUUCUGGCUGCUUUCUCUUUACUCAUCUAUCUCGAUUUUUUGCCUUUUCCCUCUAGGAUAUGGACAUCUCUCAGAAAUGCUAUUUCUUUCUUUUGACAUCCAUGCCUCAAUCAGCCUUCAAUCAGUGCCGCCAUCUAAUCAUCUCUUAUUUCUGUCUCUCUCUUUCCCUUUACCCAUAUCCACUUUGUCUUCCUUUCAUUCUCUCUCUCGUUGACCUCUGGUCCACCCGUCCUCUCUCCAGGCCCGUCCUCCCCCUCUCCUCCUCAUCUCUGUUCCUCUCAGCCACUGCUCAUUUCCACACAUCAUGGGAUCUGAAAUAAGACCUUAGAUUCAGAGGAAGAAUAUAUGUCGUGUGUCCCUCUCUCCCCAGUCUAUGCCAUGAUCUUACAGUACCAGAGACUAGUUGCAAACUCAACACUUUUUAUACUGUAUGCUUUGUACAUUUUCCUUUUGAUACAUAUACUGUAUGUUCUUACGAAUGCAGGAUGAUAAUUAAGAUCUGUUUCCUUCCAUCUUUGCUUAUAGAGGAUGUCAACCACUCAACCUUAUUUUUCUCUCUCCAUUUCCCCCUUUUCCCCUCCCUCUCUCUCCAGUCUCCUCCCAGGGAGGGCAGCCAAGGUGAACUCAACUCUGCCAACAGCCAAUCACGAAUGAGCACCAACAUGUGAACAUUUCCAUGAGACCUCUCUUACAGGAAGUUACCAUGUCGGGGGGGUUCCGCCAGGGGGACCUAGCACCCCUCCAAUCUGAGGAUCCCCCUCCUCCUUCUGACUCAGUGCUGCAUCUUGCCUGCUGAAAGAAAAAUACAGAGACGUCAACUUCAAUAGACUGUGUCUCAAAUUGCACCCCUAUUCACUAUAUAGUGCACCAUGUUUGACCAGGGCCUAUAGAGCUCUGGUCAACCGUAGUGCCGUUUUGGAUGCAGCCUAGGACUCUGUUCAUGUGGGAAGUGAACAGUGGUAGUCUGUGUAAACUGAAGACACUUGAUGAGCAACCUGAGUGUGUUAAUGUUGUAGUGGAGAGGCUGUGAGUGUGUAGAGUUGAGUGGCACUCAGUCGCUUCACAGUACUGUCCUCUUUUUCCUUUGUAUAAGAUGUACUUUUCUCUUUCAUUCUUUCUUUCUCAUGAUGAUUGACUUUGAAUGCAUCCACUGAGAAAUAAACAGAACACACACUUCAGAACCAAUGUCCACAAGAUCUGAUUUUAAAAUAAAUGUGUAUGAUAAUCAGAAGCGUGGUCAGGACAUUUUGUCUUCUCACAAUAUACCUUUGUUUACCAAUUGCGCAAUAAACCGAUUUCAC